ACCAAAAUGUAAUUAAACAUGCAUAGUUUCUGAGAGCAGCAUUAAAAUUCGCUUUUGUAAAGAUGGAGGAUCAACUGGAGGAUCUAGUGCCGCCUGAGGAGUAUGUUGUUCUUUGGAGCUUUCCUGGGCGCUGCAGUGAAGAGCAGCUUAGUAUCAGCAAAGGAGAUCGACUGAUUGUCCAUGGCAAGAUUACCUCAGAGUGGUGGUGGGCUGAGCUACGAGGGGUCUUCGGUUACGUCCCUGCCAGCUACCUCCGCCAGGGAACCACUGAAGAAGAAGAGGAAGAGGAUGCUUGGCAGGAUGAUGAGUACUAUUUUACUUACGGAGCACUGAAUCUUCACUUGGAGAUGUUGUCAGACAAGAGCCGCACAGAGACGUACAGGCGGGUCAUCGUCAACAACAGCACUUCUCUGCACAGGAAGGUGGUGAUGGACCUCGGCUGCGGGACGGGCAUCAUGAGUCUGUUCUGCGCUCAGCUGGCACAACCGGCAGUGGUGUAUGCUGUGGAGGCCAGCUCAAUGGUGGAGCACACCAAGAAGCUGGUGAAGCAGAAUGAGUGUGAGGAGGUGAUCACGGUGCUCCAGGGGCGAGCCGAAGAGAUCCAGCUACCUGAGCAGGUGGACGUCCUGGUGUCUGAGUGGAUGGGCAACUGUUUGGUCUUUGAGUUCAUGGUGGAGUCCGUCCUGCUGGCCAGGGACCGCUGGCUGAGGGAAGGUGGCACGAUGUGGCCCUCGUCCGCAGCUCUCACCUUGGUGCCUUGCCAAGCUCACAGAUACUACGCCGAGAAAAUGGCCUUCUGGGAAAAACCCUACGGCUUGGACUUCACCCCGCUUCAGCCUCUCGCACUGCAGGAGUUCUUCAGCAAGCCCAAGUUCAGCCACUUGAUGGAGCCGGGCGAUCGCCUCGCCUCUCCUGCCGAUGUCAUCUGCUUGGACAUGCACACACUGCAGGUGGCAGACCUGGAGGUAAUGCAAGGCGAGUUUCAAUUUCAAGUGGAAAAGUCUGGCGUGUUCCACGGCUUCACUGCCUGGUUUAGUGUUUACUUCAAGAGCUUGGAGGAAGGCGGUGCAACGGUGGAACUGAACACCGGACCUGACUCAGAGCCGACGCAUUGGAAGCAGACUCUGUUCAUGCUGGACGAGCCCAUCACUGUGCAUGCCGCGAGCCGCAUUAGCGGAACCAUUACUCUCCGAAGAAACCCCGUGUGGAGGCGCCACUUGACUGUCACCCUCCACUGGGACAUCAGCUGCCUCGCGCAGGAGGCGGCCACCUGCCAGGCCGGUACCAAGAGCUUCCCUAUGUGGCGCUGAGAGCUUCUCGGCAUCUGGCACAAUGCUUGCCUGCUGAAUUUCUGGGGAUUUGGAAUCAGCAUUCAUUAAGUGGAAGAGUUUGUCAACACACAGAGUAUCCUGGACUCUUUCAUUGACAAUCUGGGUUUUACCACAAGCAUGAAUGACAAACUCUUCAAAGUCCAUUUUUAAACACAUCUGAAGAGUCUUUCAAAUGCCUGCGACUGGAAUAGCCUAACCUGAAAAGGUGAACACAAUCCGUUCAGUCCAAUCAAUCUCAAUAAUUUAUUUCUAAGUGGAACAAUUCAGUUCAAUAUUAAUUCAACAUGCAUCUUGGGGGUUGCUAGCAAUUAGCAUGCCUGCCUUACUCUUCUAAUGUUCAAGGUUCGAGUCUUGGCUCAGGCCUUCCCGAGUGGAGUUUUCAUGUUCUUCUUCUGCUUGUGUGGGUUUUCUUCAGGUCUUCCUCCCAGCAUCCCACAAACAUGUUAGAGGAAAUUGUCCAUAAGUGUCAAUGAGCAUUGGGAAUGUUUGUCAACAUUUGCAUCUCAAUUAACCCAAAUAUCAUAGAAAAAAGUCAUUUAUUUCUGUAGUCAAUUUAAAAAAAAAAAAAAAAAACUGCAAAUUUUUGACUUUGUGGAUUGAACUACAGAAAUAAAUGAAGCUUUCCACAAUAUUCCAAUUUUUAGAGAUGCACAUACAGUGACCUCCUGAUCAAAAAUCAGUUUUGACCUCAGAGCCCAUGGUGAUCUCGGUGGAUGCCGCCUGAGCGGGCUCCGGGUGUCGCGGCGGCUUUGAGAGCGGGAUGAACAAUGGAGGUUUCACCACACUGUCAUCGUCACUUUUUUCCCCUUUCUGCAUCAAAUGUUUAUCGCAGUGAUUGAUAAACGUAUCCAUCUUGGCAAAGGUCUUGUUGCACACUUUGCAGUGAUAAGGCCGCAGCCCCUUUUUGAGGCGGACGUGCAGUCUGAUGUAAGACGACCUUAUGAAGGUGCGGCAGCAGACGCCACACUUAAGGUCCACUCCACGGGAGUCGGGUGCCGCUUUCCCCUGCUGAGCCGAUUCUUCGGCCUUGUGAGAAAGCAGCAGCGGCAGAGAGCUGAAAGUCUCGCUGCGCUCAUCACACUUGUGUGCCCGCUCGGCCGUGUGCAUGCGGAUGUGCGAGAGCAGGCCUGACUUCUGGGUGAAGGCUUUGUCACAGUAGGAACACUUGAAGGGUUUCUCGCCGGUGUGGAUUCGCUGGUGAGUCUUGAGAUGCGCGGCCCGCCCGAAUUUCUUGCCACAGUCGAGGCAUUUAAAAGGCUUAUUGCCGCUGUGGAUAGCCUCGUGGGCCAUCAGGUGGGAGUUUUGGUGAAAGUACUUGCCGCAGGUGGCGCACUGGAACCUCCGCUCCUUGUUGUGGGAGGCCAGGUGGAGGGUCAAGUGGACAGAAGAGAUGAAGGUUUUGCCACACAGUGAGCAGCUGUGAGGGUCCAUGCGGACGUUGCCUUGAGAACGUCCUUCGCCAGCCGGGCUGCCACCUUCCCGGCACGACGGACACCCAAAUGCACCGUCAAGUUUGUCCAUCUGCUUGGUUUGGUCUGAUUGGGGGAGAGGUAACCUGCUUCCACACUCGGAGCAUUGCUGCUGCUGAUCUUCUGGGCUGCAUUUCUCCUGCAUGGUGCUGUCUACAAACAGCGGACACACUUUUGGUUCACACUCAAAAAUCACCCACACACAUACAAAACAGGAUUUGAGUUACUGAUUAGCACAUGUGCCUCACAGUGCUGCGUUUCAAGGGUCCAAAGCCCAGUUUACAUGUUUGCCCUCUGCUUGCAGGGGCUUCUUCCCACAUAUCAAAAACAUGGAUCCUGGGUUCACUGUGUAAAACUCAAAACUCCAAGCACGUCAUAUUUUGAGGCCCACUAGAACAAUUUGUCUACUUCAUGUUUGUUCAGGGUUCCUAUAUUUUGAGGAAAGUUUAAAGACUCGUCAAGAUUUUCUAAUUACAUUUGAAAUUAAAUUUAGAACCAACUUGUGUA